AUGUUACAGGGUUCGCUAUUCACAAUCUUGAAGCGGUCUGGUUCAGGACUUCUCAAAACGAGAAGCACGCCUUCAAUGGUUUUAAUGAGAUCGGGUAUCACUCCACAAAGUUUUCCUUCGGCGGGUGGCCAGUUGAUGACGCCCUUUUUGACCCGAGGCUUCAAGGUAAGGACGUCGGUGAAGAAAUUCUGUAACGACUGCUACAUUGUCAGACGUAAAGGUAGAGUAUAUGUUUAUUGCAAGUCUAAUGGGAAGCAUAAGCAACGCCAGGGCUAG